AAAUCCCCAAAUCACUUUUUCCCCAUUCAUAUAGCUGCCUUUAUCAUUUUCAACUCCUUCACAGUUCAUAUUCCUUUUCCUCUCAACAAUUCCCAUCCCCUUUGCUUUAUCAGUUUAAAAAUAGUAAUACUUUAUACAGAUUGGGAAAAAGCCAAAAUCUUGUUCGUCAAGCCCAAUAUGUUUUCUUGAAAUAGCAAAAAAAUGGGUUGAGGUAACAGGAACUUGAAGAAGAAGAAAAAGGGUGUUGAUUCGUGUUGUUGUUGAAGAAAAAGAAGCAAAAAUGGUGGUAAGGAAAGUUGGGAAGUAUGAAGUUGGAAGGACAAUUGGAGAAGGAACGUUUGCUAAGGUUAAAUUUGCUCAGAAUACUGAGACAGGUGAAAGUGUCGCCAUGAAAGUCCUCGAUCGAAGCACUAUCAUCAAGCACAAGAUGGUUGACCAGAUAAAGCAGGAGAUAUCCAUAAUGAAGCUUGUUAGACAUCCAUAUGUAGUUCGAUUACAUGAGGUUAUAGCAACUCGCACGAAGAUCUAUAUUAUCUUGGAAUUUAUCACAGGCGGAGAACUGUUUGAUAAGAUAGUCCACCAUGGACGAUUAAGUGAGGCCGAGUCUCGAAGAUACUUUCAGCAAUUGAUUGAUGGAGUUGAUUAUUGUCACAUCAAGGGAGUUUAUCAUAGAGACCUAAAGCCUGAAAAUCUUCUGCUAGAUUCCCAAGGAAAUCUGAAAAUAUCAGAUUUUGGACUUAGCGCAUCACCUGGUGAAGGAGUCAACAUCCUUAAGACGACAUGUGGAACUCCCAACUAUGUUGCACCAGAGGUUCUUAGUCACAAAGGUUAUGAUGGUGCUGUGGCUGAUAUCUGGUCCUGUGGUGUCAUCCUUUAUGUUCUGAUGGCAGGUUAUCUCCCUUUUGAUGAGGUUGAUCUCACUACACUGUACGCAAAGAUUGACAAAGCAGAUUUUUCCUGCCCAUCUUGGUUUCCUGUUGGAGCAAAAUCUCUGAUACAUCGAAUUUUAGACCCAAAUCCUCAAACCCGUAUUCGGAUUGAAGAGAUCCGUAAUGAUGAGUGGUUUAAAAAAAAUUAUGAUCCUGUCAAAGUCAUGGAGUAUGAAGAUGUCAAUUUAGAUGAUAUUAAUGCAGCUUUUGAUGAUACUGAGGAGGAAGCAUCCAACGAGCAAUGUGACAAUGCGGAUGCUGGGCCUCUGGCUCUAAAUGCCUUUGACCUAAUUAUUCUCUCUCAAGGAUUGAACUUAUCUAUAUUGUUUGACCGUGGGCAGGAUUCAAUGAAGCAUCAUCAAACACGCUUCCUAACACAGAAACCAGCAAAAGUUGUGCUAUCAAGUAUGGAAGUUGUGGCCCAGUCCAUGGGUUUCAAGACCCAUAUCCGCAAUUUUAAGAUGAGGGUAGAAGGUCUUUCCGCAAACAAGACUUCACAUUUCUCUGUAAUUCUGGAGGUUUUCGAAGUUGCUCCUACAUUUUUCAUGGUAGACGUUCAGAAAGCAGCCGGUGAUGCUAGUGAAUUCCUCAAGUUUUACAAGAACUUUUGUGGCAAUCUUGAGGACAUUAUCUGGAGGCCACCGGAUGAAUCAUGCAAAUCAAGAGUUACAAAAGCAAGGAGUAGAAAGAGAUGAUAUUUUAGCAUUAGAGAAUCUGUGUGUACUUUGUGUUUGUAUAAAAGAUUACAGUUUCUUGAACCCUAUAGGCAGUGAGUACACUCUUUUAUAGUCGAGCCAAGUGAGGGGUAAAGCUUCCACGCUUUCCCCAGGUUUUGUAUCAAUUAUAUCGAUAUGGUGACAAUUUAAUAUCUUAGGCAGAGAGUAAACAUAACAAAUACUUGCUACUUCUAGAGAAGAGUUUGUCAAGUUGAUUAUAUUUUACCAGCUUCUGUGAAA